CGCCUGUGUGGCUGCAGAUGCUUGCCCAGGUUGGCCUGGAGGCUCCAGCUCCAUCCCGUUUCAUACUUAAAGGGGAAUUUCCCCCAAAAUGCUGUAUGCUCUCUUCUGUUUGCUGCUGCAGGAACUUAUACUCAAGGCACUAGACUCAAGGACCUUUACUCACUGAGCUAUGCUCAAGGCCCUAUACUCAGUGACCUAUAUUUAAGGACCUAUACUCGCUGAUCUGUACUCAAGGGCCUAUACUUACUAACCUAUUCUCAAGGACCUUUACUCACUGAGCUAUGCUCAAGGCCCUAUACUCAGUGACCUAUAUUUAAGGACCUAUACUCGCUGAUCUGUACUCAAGGGCCUAUACUUUCUAACCUAUUCUCAAGGAGCUUUACUCACUGGCCUAUACUCAAGGCACUAAAUACCCACUAACCUAUACUCCAGACCCUGUACUCAUUGACCUGUACUCAAGGCCCUAUAUACCCACUGACCUAAAUUCCAAGCCCUAUACUCACUGACCUGUACCUGACCUGUACCCAAGGCCCUAUAUACUCAUUGGCCUAUACAUAAGGACCUAUACUCACUGAACUACACUCAAGGGCCUUUACUUACUGCUCUAUGCUCACACUGACAUUCUUAAAGCCCUAUACUCACUGAACUACACUCAAGGACCUUUAUUCACUGACCUGUACUCACUGACCAAUACUCAAGGCCAUAUAAGGACCUAUAAUCAAGCACCUAUGCACAAUGGCCUAUGUUUAAGGACCUAUACUCACUGAUCCAUACUCAAGGACUUAUACAAAAGUACUGUAUACUUUGGUUUCAGUUAACCUGGCUUCCUGGCAUGCGGAAACAGCACUCAGUCUCAAAUUAUUCCGUUUUUGGAUAGUAUUUGGAUAUAAUCUGGACUACAUUUCACUUUCUGAUAGUGUCAUGGAUUCAUGUGUAAUCGAGAAUUGACCAGGAUUCGUAGUUAGAAGAUGGAUGGAUGGAUGGAUGGAUAGACAGACAGACGGAUGGAUGGACAGAGUACUGUCAGUGCUGAUUCUGUUGUAGGAAAGACGUAAGCUGGGCGUUGUUAAUGUGUUAAUCAUCUGUACAUGUUUCUGCAGUUUGGCAUUCAGUAUUAACAAUUGUCAUCAAACACCAGGAAUUUAUACUGAUCCUAUGUGACCAAAUCUGUUUCCUAGCUGUAAGAUGCCAGGAUCUAUGGAUUAUUUUUAGCUUUAGGAACAGGUGCCGAUGAUUAGAGGGCGUUUGUGUCUGGAUGGUCUGGGCAGCUUUGGCUGCAGUCGAUGGUGAGUCAGUGUCCUGCGGCCAUGACAGCGAGUGUCGUCAGGACUGGAGUCACUGAUUCCUCAUACGCUCACGUGGGGAACGCUGCAUCAAUCUCCUUUCAGUCUGAAGCGAAUCCCUCGUGCCACAUCCAUCUAAACGACGUGGAACUAGAGCGCAGAGAUUCGCCACGGGCAGACGAUGGAGCCUGCCUGUGGUUCGUGUCGGACCUGAUCUUUGUGACACACCACGUGUCGUGUUCUGUAGACCAUCAUGAAUGUAUGCAGAUGAGAGCAGAAGCCCCAGCCCCACUCUGGGUGGAGCUCGACGUCAGCAAGGCGGGGGUGAGCAUGCCAGGGACUGCGUCCGGAACUGUAGCAUUUGUGGAAUGAGUCUGUAUGAGCUUUUAUACACAACUGGCAGUCUGGGGUAUUUUUGAUAUUUUGCCUAUGGGGAUACUCAAGCCUGAACACCCUAAGGCUGUCUGCUCAGUCCCCGCCCUGUCAGCCUUGUUGAGCCGCUUUCCUGGAGCCUGAACACCGGUGUGCCUGUAUUGCUGUCUGCCCAGAGUCCCCACUCAGCCACUAUUUCCCGGUGGCGAUGGCUCCAGUCACGUGACCUCCGAGUCAGUGGGAGGGGCAGCUGGGCAAUCUGUCACGUUGCCACCUAGCAGGGCGUCCCUCUGGGCAGACGGCCGACAGAGACGCAUAUAAGGGGAACUGUAUCACCACACCGGACACGUCUUUAAUGUAGACCCAGACGUGAUACACAGUAUGAUUACAUUUUCACAGUCCGUCCUGUUUGUGUGGCUUCACUGUGUUCACAUUUUUAGAGAUUCCUAAUAAGAUUGUCUCCUUUUAAAAUUGAAUUUGAUCUUGCUGAUUAUUUCCAGUAAGCAACAGCAUAUGACGGCACAUCCAGACCCCUGCCUGUACCCCCCCCCCCAUCCUUCUGUGGCCCUGGUUGGCAGAGAGGACUGAAAUCCCAGCCUCUGUGUUAAAUUAGCUGCCGUUCUGCAUGUGCUGCUGUCAGGCCCUCGGCUUUGCAUCAUUUCAGGGUGCGGAUGAUGAUGCGUUUAUUUCUUAAAGGGACCUUAAAGGGAGGGAGGGCCAGGCAUUCAUGUGGAAUCUUGCCCUGUGCCAGUCGCCAUGGCAACCGCCCCUGGAAGACGAUGUAGGCUGCAUCUGCAGAGAUGUGGGCGAGAGAGCCAGAGAGAGAGAGAGAUGGGGGGGAUGGGCGUGACGGACGGCCCCGUCGGGGGUGUGUCUCUGAUGUAGCCUGCUGCUAUUGGCUGCCUUCUUAUCCGGCCUUCGCUCCUCCCCCGCCUGUCAGGAUCCGGCACUGACUCGGCCGCUCAGAGCCUUGGAGCACGAAAUUGGACACGCCCCUUUCCCAAUAACGGGGCUUUCUGGCAGCCUGCCCCCUCCCCCACCCCCCCGUACUCCCAUUCGGGUAGCAGAUCGCGUGUGUGGACGGGAGCUGGCCCCUGCUGGACCGCGGGCGGCGUGGAGGACGGCCUGCGAUUCUCCUGACUGGGCAGCAUGGAAGAAGGACGCUGAUUAUGCAGAGAUUCGUCGAGGCGGAUUACUUCGAGCUGGACUGGUACUAUGAAGAGUGCACUGAUGUCCUCUGUGCUGAACGUGUGGGCCAGAUGACCAAGACAUACAAUGACAUCGACGCCGUGACCCGAUUGCUUGAGGAGAAAGAACGUGAUCUGGAGCUGGCGGCCCGCAUCGGCCAGUCUCUGCUGAAGAAGAACAAGACCCUGAGUGAGCGAAAUGAAUCCUUGGAGGAGCAGGUGGAGAUCAUCCGUGAGGAGGUAUCGCAGCUGCGACACGAGCUCUCCAUGAAGGACGAACUGCUACAGUUCUACACCAGCGCAGCAGAAGAGAGCGAGGGGGAAUCCAUCACCUCCACACCGCUACGCCGUAAUGACUCGUCAUCCUCUGUGCCAAGCUACUUUCCACUUGACUCGCUGCAAAAGAAGCUGAAGGAGCUCGAGGAGGAGAACAUCGUGCUGCGGUCGGAGGCGUGCCACCUGGAGACGGAGACCAUCUCGUACGAGGAGAAGGAGCAGCAGCUCGUGAAUGACUGUGUUAAAGAGCUGCGAGAUGCCAACCUCCAGAUCACAUCCAUCGCGGAGGAGCUGGCAAAAAAGACGGAGGAUGCCUCCCGCCAGCAGGAGGAGAUCACGCAUCUCCUGUCCCAGAUCGUGGACCUGCAGAAGAAGUCCAAAUCCUACGCCAUCGAGAACGAGGAGCUCAACCAGCAUUUGGCGGCAGCGAAGGACGCCCAGCGGCAGCUGACCGCGGAGCUGCGCGAACUGGAGGACAAGUAUGCUGAGUGCAUGGAGAUGCUACGGGAGGCGCAGGAGGAGCUGAAGAACCUGAGGAAUCGGGCGCUUCCCCUGAGCACGCCCCGGAGGUUCCACUCCCUGGGCCUCUUCCCCAUGGACUCUCUGGCAGCGGAGAUAGAGGGGACCAUGAGGAAAGAGCUGCAGAUGGACGACCCGGAAACGGAGGAGCAGAAAUCCCACCCUCGGCGCGUGUUCGAGACGGUGAAGAACGUCAACCAGACGGUCCGCCAGCGCUCCUGGGGCCCCUCCCCCAUGAACAUCCCGGGGUCCAACCAGUCGUCGGUGCUCAAUUCGGCCCGGUCCAGCUGCAGGAGCACGCCGCGCUCCAGCCUGUACGCCGGUGAUGUCAGCAACGUUGUCAUAGACAACCGCACCAACAGCAUCAUCCUGGAGACGGGGUCGUCGUCGGGGGGCAGCCCCGUCGACUCCAACAAGAAGCUGGGCACCCCCGGCACACCGGGCUCGCGUGACCUGGAGGUGGCGCUACGGCGCCUGUCCCUGCGGCGAGAAAACUACCUAAGUGAGCGGCGCUUCUUCGAGGAGGAGCGGGAGCGGAAGCUGCAGGCGCUGGCGGAGCGGGGCGAGCUGGGCAGCGGCGGCCUGACGCCCACCGACAGCCUGGCCUCGCUGGGCACGCAGCACUCAGGCCUGUCGCUCUACUCCGUCUACAGCCGCUCCUACCUGCCCGAGAAGCUGCAGAUCGUCAAGCCGCUGGAAGGCUCCGUGACCCUGCAUCACUGGCAGCAGCUGGCACAGCCUCACCUGGGGGGCAUCCUGGACUCGCGGCCGGGCGUGCUAACCAAGGGCUUCCGGCCGCUGGAGGUCGACGCAGAGGAGGAGGUCUACCAGUUCACGGACUUUGAGGAGGACGAGUCAGCUGACCGCCCUUUUGUGAGCCUCUCUACCUCAGCCCCCACGCGCCCGCCGUGUUCCUCGCGGCCUGGCUCCGCCUCCUCCCACGGGCACAACGCUGGCGACCCCCAGGCCUCAGGUGAGAGGCCCACCCCCGGGAGACCAGCUUCCCCCCCGCACAGCACCCAGGAUCCUACGGAGCCACCAGCCACCAGUGCUAAGGCGUCUGUACAUUUCCCCGGCAAAUGCAUGUCCCACACGAGCUCCACCUACACCUUCACCACCUGCCGCAUCCUGCACCCCUCUGAUGAGCUGACGCAGGUCACGCCCAGCCUUAACACUGGCCCUGCGGCUGCGUGCAUCAUUACCAGCAGUAUCAAAUCCACGCCGGCCUCCACACCGUGUACCCCGCGUCGGCUCAGCCUGGCAGAGUCCUUCACCAACCUGCGGGACUCCACUAAGACCAUGAGUACCUCGCUUGGGCUGGUGCGCCUCCUACAGGAGAGGGGCAUCUCUGCGGCUGUCUACAACCCGCAGAGCUGGAACCGGGCAGACGCUGGUGCCGUGGCCGCCUCCGCCAGUACCCCCCGCGUUCUACCUUCCACACCCCCCAACUCGCCCACCAGCCAGACUCAGCCCACCCUCCCCUCGCCCCCCUCGCCCCCCUUCGAGUUCAGCGCCCCCCGCACCCCCUAUGACAAUUUCCUGGCCUCGCGUCCCGCCAGCUCCAUCCUGAAGGAGGUGCAAGCGGACGCUCAGAGCCGCUCGGAUGACGAGAGCCAGACGGACGUCAGCAUCCACAACCUGAAGCUCGUGGACAAACUUCGACACUUUGGCGUGGCCCAUCCGGACAGCCCCGGGGCCAUGGCCCCCGCUCCGCUGCUGACGCCACUCGGGGGGCUGCACCAGCAUGGGGCCCCCUUCGGGCCACCGGUGGUAACCAGCGCCAUCGGCGGCCUUCCCGCCCUCAACGCCGGCAUCCGGCGCAACCGCAGCUACCCGGCCAUGGUUGGGGCCAGUAUGGCGAUGAAGGGCCCGGGGCCACAGAGCCCCGAGAUGCUGCUGGACUCCCAGCUGCCCAAACAGACCAGCCUCAAGUGACGGACGGAUGGAUGGAUGGAUGGAUGGAUGGAUGGAUGGAGAGAUUGGUGGCUGCUUUUCCCUGGUGACCCUUUAUCUCACCAUGUGUACAGACUGCUCUAGUGACAGAUCAACCAUAUGCCUGUAAGAACUUUGUACAGCCUUUUCAUUUGUAAUUGUAAAUAUGAAAUAAUCUUCCAUGCUCGUACAGUGUAUAGCAACAUAAUGUGUUCUUAGGUGUCGAUGAACUCGCUGUGACUGUAAAGGGGCUCGCUGGCGCCCCCCCCCCAGGCUCAUACUGUAAGUAGCACAGUUCCGUUAGGGACGUCCUCGCUGGCUGCUGAGUGUUGAGGAAAACGCCGGCCCAGCAGAAGCACUUUUUUGUUGAAUCCCCGGGCUUGUUUGGGGGUUUUGCUGUCAUUUCUCCUCCAUCACUGUGCACUGCACCCCUUCCUCCGUUAAUGCACCUUAAAGCCCCUCCCCCCCGUUCCGUAAGCAGUGAUGGUCAGUGCAGUGUCCUGUUACUCAAGUGAAUGUAUGCUGCCCACUCUGUGUGUGAGUGCGAUAGUCGUGGCCAACGACUUACGACUUGAUAAACAGACUUGAAUUUCUUGAGAAGUGGCAGCCAAAGAGCAUUGAUUUCAUAUCGUAUUUUCCCUCCCUGUGUGACCUCCCAGAGAUCGGAGACCAGGCAGGUUAGCGAGAAUCCGACUGCAUAUGCAUUGAAACCAUUUAUAAGUUGAAUUAUUAUGAGAACGGUGCCUGACUUGGGUGCGACUCCCCUGGUUCAGGAUGCAGUGCCAACCCCAGUGUAACAUUAGUGUUGUUUUUACCUGAGUGUGACUGCAGGGGGCGCUCACCGAUCACGCUGAUGUCCAUGCAGAGAAGCAUAUUUAUUCACCGCCUUUGUGCGGCUUAAACUCAUCAUUUAUGUGCGCACUUGUGUUUUUGUAACUUGAACUUCUCCUCUUGGAUGUAUUUAAUGAGAGCAGCCGUGUGUCUAACCCUGCACCGUUGCUUUAAAUGGCGCUUUUUACCAUGGUUCUCCACAAAGGGAAGUACGAUAUCUGUACAUUGUAAACAGUGACUAUGCCAUAUGUUUAGCUGAUUUAACUUUUUAGUAGAAAAAAAAAAAAAGGUCAAACACACUGGUACCAAACUUUGAGUUGUACUAUCGGGAGUUUGAAAUGCUUUCCUUUGCAAAAAAAUAAAAAAUAAAAAAAGGUUAUUAAUAAAGAGAUUGAUAUGAC